CUUCUCGGUAUUUCAGGUUGAGGCCAUCAAAUUCGUCGUGGCGCACAUUCACCAUUUCGGUGGCGACCCGAAACGAUUGACUCUGUUCGGUCAAUCCGCCGGUGCUGCCUCAGUCUCAGCGCACACCUACUCACCUCUAAGUCAACAUCUCUUUCAAAACGCUAUCCUCGAAUCCGGUACCAUCAUGACAUGCUUGAAUGGUGUAUUCGGUAAGAGUAAAAACAGUCAGCACAUAGCUAAAAUUGUCUGCAAUAUCACUGACUGGCCUCCGAGCGGUGAACGCCUAACACAACUCUAUGACUGCAUGAUGAGAGCUAACUAUGAGGAGUUUCUGCCGUUUGAAAAGACCGAUUUGCUGGGCUGGAAGAUGAGUGUCGAUGGGUAUUUUCUGCCGGGUACACCAGAACAAUUGCACUCGAAACGACCGAAUAUUCCCAUCAUUUUGGGAACGUGCAAGGACGAAUGGUCAUUCUGGGAUCUCUCAUCGAUGGCCGCAGGUCUGACCACUGUAGAUCACUACAGCAAACACUCUCUAGAACAAUUUUUUGACGUUUACGGGUCAUAUUUCGGUCCAGUAAAGGAAUUCGUUUUGGACUUUCUAUUGGCCAUCUAUCAACCACACGAUAUCACGGAUAAUGACCACAUUGCAUGGCUUCAAACCAAGAGUAAUGUCAGU